CUACCACAACCAUCACCAUUUAUCUUAUCAGGGAAAGCUAAGUCGCAUCUUAUCACUAAAUCCUCAUUCAUGUCUUGAGGCUGUUCCUUUCAAACUUUACCCUUCUCAGUCCUGCAACAGCACCUCCAGACCAGCCUCUACGAGCUAACCUGUCCGUCUACCUGACCUAGGACACCUCUACCUGUUUCUGAGUUUACCUUUUUUCUUUACCUGUGAACUGACAGAGGGACAAAAAGAAUAUUCAGGGCCGCAAUGGGGAACACAACGGAGAGUGGUGAGCUGAACAAAGGCGUGGAGGUCACCUACCAGAUAAUCCUACCCAUACUGGUGGUGGCAGGCAUAGUUGGCAGCGUCGUCAGCAUCCUGGUGCUCAUCCAAUCGAACCUCAAGAAAGCCAUCGGUAACAGAUACUUCCUGGCACUGUCGUGCUGUGACCUGUGCCUCAGCAUCUCGUACAUCAUCAUCGCCGUCACAGCCUGCGGUUGUGACUUCGAGUGGUAUUCCUCAGCCUGGUUCUUCGCGCACUUUGGCUGGAGCGUCACAUGCACAUUCCAUGCGCUGGGAACCUACAUCGUCAUCUUCAUGUCACUGGACCGGUUCGUGGGCGUGUGGUUCCCACCGACGUACAAGAUACUGACUCAACCGCCUUACGACAUCACCAAGAGGCUGGUGUUUGCCGUCGUGUUGUGCUUCGGCCUGCACGUGCCCUACAUGGUGGACGCCGAGGUGCUGUGCGUGGAUCCGUCCGUCAACAAAACCAUGACCUACGUCGUUCAUGCGAAGGACAACUGCACCAGCGACAUCUACAACACCAACGACGGCUUCCAAAAGAGCUUCAAGGAGCCAUGGCACGAAGUGUACCGCUACAUCUACAACCUGCUGGUGCGCUGGCUGCCCUGCGCCCUGCUGAUCGUCCUCAACUUCGGACUGGUGCUGGCGGUGGUCAUCGGGAGGGUGAAGCUGCCCCGUUCCCGGGAUGAGGUAAAGGCCAAGGUGUCAAAGCUCGAGUCUCGGGCGAAGCGACAACUCAAGAUAAACAAACAGGAGAAGGUGUUAGUGGCAACAGCCAUAGCCAUGACGGCCUCCUACGUGGUAAUGACGAUGCCCAUCACAAUCUUCCUGACAGGCUACGCUAAGUCCAACGAUAAUCGCUGCACGGAGUCCAGCCCCGCGGAGACACUGAGGCACGUGGGGAACAUCGCCCAGAUACUGGAGCACGUGCUGCAUGGCGUAUACCUCCUCCUUAUCAACCCGUCCUUCCGACAGGAGCUGCUCUGCCUACUACAGUGCAAGAAGUCACCCGACGAUGGGCAUUCAAGCGUUGACCAUUCUCUGUCCAAUGGUAACCGCCCUCUCAGCAGAAGCUUCCGCUCCAUCAAGGCUUGCAGGGACUCCAUUGCCCACGGACCUGUGGUCGCUGACACUGUGGCAAAGGAGACUUCAGAAGAAUUAAAAUCACUCGGCAGAGACUCCUUAAAAGAGACCUCGGAAGCCUCUCAGCCACUGUGUUGUACAAAUUCAGAAGAGGGUUCAGAAAAGGACAAAUACAAGUCAUUCUGCAGCGACAACGUAGAAGAGACCAACCCAUUCUAUAUAUAGCGACACAUCAGAAGAAGAGACAGCAUAGAGUGAUUGUGGUCUAGGAACACUGAUCACUUCGCCAUGUCAGUGUCUUCUCCGGUCUUCCAACAGCCUCAGGGAUUCAGUGGCCCCCAUGCAGCAGUCAAAACCCCCGUCCAGUUACACUUAAGUAGUGACCUUGGAAGUGUGACUGAGGACAAGGAACACAUGUAAUUCUCAUCCGUCAGUGUGCCUUCCGUUCCUCCAUAGUGACUCCAUGGCCCUCAUACAUAUGCAACAAUGCAAACCCCUUGCUGCGAAAACGCAUAAAAGGAGAUUUUGAAGGAGCUUGCGGACCAGUGGAACAUUAUUUUCACACAAUUAUUUCUGUUUUCCGUUCUUCCAGCAGGUAAGGGGACUAUAUGGCGUCUGAAAAGAAGUCAUUCAUGCCCCUCUGCAACAAAACUUUAAAAGACUUGGAAGUGUCUGUGGCCUGGGUCUUCAAAUGACCACUAGCCUCCAUCCUGCCACCAUACACAACAAGAUGCCAGAUCAACCCUUGCCAACACUUGAUCCUUGCUGAAAAGAGAAUAUACGGGACAUUCAAGUAUUAUGCAUUUCCAUAUGGGCACUGGAGCUUCCUUAGACAGAACAUAUGGAGAAGUAAGAGGAGGUUAGGAUCGUUCCCCCAGCCCUUUAUUUAUGUACCUACUGUAUUGUACUAACCUCCUUGUACUUUUUUUUUAGUGAGUCAAGUUCGCAAGUGCCUGGUUUGAAAGCCUUGAGUUUUCACUCAUGUUGCUUCCUUCUGGCGGUGCCAAGCCGCGACUGACACCCGGUACCCAUUCAUUACUGGGUGGACAUUAGCACGGGUAAAGGCAACGCAUAUCCGUCUCCACUAUGCCCGAAAAACGAACCCGAGAUCUCUUGGCUGUGAGCCAAGAGGGCUUACGUGUGUGUGUGUGUGUGUGUGUGUGUCAUAAUGAACGUCAGCCGUAGUUCACAAGGUUACAUUGUACAAAUAAACGUAUCCAUCGUGUAUUACUGUUGGUUAUUUGGCAAAUAUUGUAAAAACAUUGAGUACAUUAAUUUUUUUUAAAUAAUAAAAACAAUCUUAAACAUGUA